AUGGGCGGCUCGCAGCGGAUAGCCGCCAUAGCGGCCGCGUCUCACGCGAAACACUACUACAACCACACGCGACCCGACGUCGCACCGACCUCUGAAGCUACUCACUAUACUGUCAAUAUAUUUUUUGUAAGUGCAACUUUAUGUGGGGUGUUAGUAGCUGUUUGCGCAGCGUGCUGGCGUCGCUCGUCGUCGACCGAUAAGCCGGAAGACGUCACCGAGUGUGGCGUCUACACCGUCAGCUCUGACGCUAGGCUGGGUCAGGUGAGUUCUGAUUCCCGCCUCAGCCAUAUCAUCGACGACGUACCAGGACCGCCCCCAGCUUACGAAUCAGUCGUCGAAGCAUCAUCAGCAAACAAGGACACCGACAUUUUACAGGAAGUGCUAUCGGAACCGUGUACGAAGUGCAAGUCGAAAGUCGACAAUGGCUUACCGUCGUACGAAGCCGCUGUCCUGCUACGUGAUACCAAAUUAUAA